UCACCGAACAACUGUUAGUCUACGAUUGUGUCCGAGUUACCUUACGCGAUGGGCUUCAAAUCCGUACUGUUGGCGGCGACCUUGGUCGCCACCUUGGCCGUUGCUCUGUCCGAGCGAGCUCGCUUCGAUAACUACCGUCUGUACCGGAUCCAGGUCGGAACGAUCGAACAGCUGGAAGUUCUGCAAGCAGUCGAACAGCUUGGUGAAGGGUACAGCUUCUGGAGUGCGCCCGUGAACGUGGACAGUGAAGUAGAGCUGGUUGUGCCUCCGCAUAAGUUUGGAGAAUUUGGGGAGUUGGUUGAACGUUAUGAGCUGGAAGUGGAACUGAGUGUUUCGGAUUUGGAGCAGCUGUUUGAGCAUGAACGAAGGAGGAGCACUAAGGAGGCAUUCGGCUGGAACGCGUACUACACACUGGAGGAGAUUUAUGCCUGGAUGGAUGACCUGGUGGCUCGGUAUCCGAAUGUUCUGACUUCGGUUGUGGGAGGACAGUCACAUGAGGGUCGUGAAAUUCGAGGUGUCAAAGUUUCCUACAACGAAGGUAAUCCGGGAGUGUUCAUGGAGGGAACGAUCCAUGCCCGCGAAUGGAUCAGUGGAGCAACGUUGACCUGGAUCCUGAACGAGUUGCUCACUUCGAGUAAUGAGCAAGUGCGUAAGAUUGCAGAGAACUACGAUUGGUACUUCUUCCCGAUUACCAACCCGGAUGGCUAUGUGUAUACGCACACGACUAACCGACAGUGGAGGAAGACCCGCAAGCCACACAACAUUUUGUGUGUAGGAGCCGAUGCCAACAGAAACUGGGCGUACAACUUCAUGCAGGGUGGUGCUUCGAACGUUCCGUGCUCGGAUACCUUCGCUGGACCAGAACCGUUUUCUGAAGAAGAAACUCGUACGCUAUCGGCUUACUUUACGUCUGUUCAGCCCAAGAUCAGCACGUAUCUGUCCUUCCACGCUUACUCGCAGCUGUUGCUUCUGCCAUACGGACACACUACCGAACCACUAGAUAACUAUGAUGAGAUUAUGGACAUCGGCAGACUGGCAAUUGCCAAGCUGAGCGAACGACACGGAACGCAGUACAAAAUCGGAAACAUUGCUGAAGCCAUCUACGUAGCCUCCGGUGGCAGCAUCGAUUGGAUCAAGGGUGUCUACAAGACUCCGAUCGUGCUGUGCUACGAGCUGCGAGACACUGGACGUUACGGAUUCGUACUGCCACCCGAUCAAAUCGUUCCCAACUCGGAGGAAACCUUGGACUCUAUAAUCGUGAUUCUGGAGGAAGGUGAAAAACGCGGACUUCACUCGCUAUAAUAGACGCGUGUGUUCAAAGAAAAUCUCUAAUGUUGUGUUAUAGGUAGCGCUCUUGCAAUAAAAAAAAACAUCAAUAAUCUA